AUGGCCUCCUCCAACCAUAGUCUGUCUUUUCCGCCUGCUGAACACUUGGAAAGGCUGAAGGAAGCUAUGGACGACCAGUUUUUCAAGAGCCAGCGCAUCGUCCAGUCGCAGUGUAAUGUCAGCGGUGUUCGUCGGUCGUCUGUCGAGUAUAACAUUGACAAGCCUGUGAGUCAUGACGUUCUCCUCGCAACCCGCUCCCGGCGUUCCAUAUCGUCAUUUCCUUACUCUUCUUCCGGUUGCAGCGAUUUUUCUUCGAAAUGGGAAGGUUCCGCUUGCACUUCGCCUAAGGCUCCCGGCAAUAACGGCGUUUUCCGUGCGAAUUCAUCAUCUACCAAUUCCAAUUCUGGUCUAACGGUUUCCGGAUCUCGUAAUGCGUGUUUUGAACGCAAAACGUCAGACCUGGACGCACCUACUGUUUCACUUGAUCCUAGCUGGGAAUCGUUUGUAUUGAAAAGUCUUUCUGCUAACACAGUAUUAUCGUCCAAUCCAUCCAAUUUGUCUCCUACCGAGAAAACAAAAAAAAAUACAAGGACGGGAUUAACGCUGGAAGUAGAGGCUGAAACAGGUGUUCGGACGGAAAGUAGUAGGGAGUCAAAAUUUGCAGAGUUGAAGGCACUGAGUCCUACUGUCGCAGCGAAUGCUACAGCAACGUCAGCGAUUUCACCGCGGAGUUCUUCUCAUCGGCCGAGCAUUUUCUCAAUACAGCGAGACGAGCUAGCCAACAGCAGUGUUGGUGAUUCACAUCUCUCUUCGAGUAGGAGUGCUCGCUCAAACACGUCUCCUCGACCUGCUUCCGCGACUUCAAAGAAAUUUAAUCUCUCCUUCUCCUCUUCGUCUGAGGAUGGAGGUUCUGCCGCUCAACGCACGGGAAUGUAUUAUCAACCUGAUCCUCAAUUCUCACCUCGUGAGCCAAACGUUCGCUCUCAUCGUCAUCGUUGCUGUAACAGUUCUUGUGGUCAUGUAUGCGAACCCAAUGUAUACGAGCAUGCACUGACCGUAGUCUCGGACUUGGGAAUGGAUCGUUUCUGGGCUAAUAUCAUUGAUAUUUUUACGCAGGAUUUCUAUGCCUUGCGUCUUGGACUUACAAUUCCACACGAUACUACCGAUAUAUACAAUACUCCUUGGCGCUUAAAAGCUGCAUACGAUGGUAUUUACCGUCAUCACGAAACUGCUUGUGCGGACACGACCGCUAUACCCUGUUCUCAGCAAAACGUGUCGAAUAUGACGGUACACGCGCAGAAUGGGAAUUACGGUACCAUUUUUAAUUCAAACUAUGCAAAUGUACCCACUGGUGAGGAUCUUGAGCUGAUUGACAUCCAGACUAUCCAUCAUAUAUUGAAUGAGGGAAGGGUGAUUGUGUAUACCCGACAACAACAUCGUUGUCCAGAGUCCCAUCAACAAACUACCAAUGCCACUGAAUCUUCGUCAUCAAAGGAAAAUUCUACCAAAGCUGCGCCAAAAAUGCCUAUGUCUUCUCGUCGACCUGCAGCUGCUUCGGAAGCCGACCCAGAUAUGCUUGGUCCACAGACUUCUGCUGGCAGAAACGGACGCAAAAAGUCGGCUGGUGACCCGUCUCAUUCAUAUUUCGCAGAAUAUGAACAGGUGUCAAUGACACCAUUUUUCAUAUCACCCUCUGUCAGUCCGGCAGUUAUUAAAGAAUCAUCAAACAACCCCUUUUUCCCUUCCAGUUCUUCCCGACUAGAUCAAUCAGCAUUUAUUAAGGACUGCGGACACGUUUGCAAACUUGCUGGACAUGCUUGCAAUUGUUGUGAGUCCUCGAAGAUUCCCAAUCCAGUUGCUGAAACGGCAGAAGAAAAUUCUGCUGAGCGCUUUCAUUCACAGGGCGAUGCUGCGAGUACGGACGAGGCUUCACCCUCCACUGAUAACAACGACUCAGUGCACGUGUGUAAUGUGGGUGAGGCAGGCUUUGAAUCUGCAUUUAGCAUUAUUCACGUACCUUUCAUACAUCCUUCUGUGUAUUUAAAGGGCUCAGGAAAGUCAUCACAUGUCCCCCUUGCUAUCCUGUCGAUUCAAUCAAAGCUGGUGCCGUAUCCUUCAUCUUUGCUUUCCAGCAUUCGGCGGUUGGCUCCUUUUUUAGCUGCAUCCUUGUUUCAUGCUCUCAAUCUGUCUGCGCCUUUACCGCUUUGUACUACGCAUGAGCGGACCGGUGAUUGUGGUUGUGUAUUCAACGAUCUUUCAGAUGCAAGUGAGCAUGCAGAGCAUGCAAGUGAAACCGAGUCUCCAGACCCACCUCGUACGCGGUUUGUUUCUCAUGAGAAGCAUUCCGAUACCACACCGAAUGCUAGUAACGGAAAGCAUAUAUUUUCACCAUACGGGGCUCGUAUUUUGAGCCAUACUCAUAAUAAGUCUCAUCCAUAUGCAAACGGUAGCAUUGGUUUAAGGUCAUCUCAGUUGCGUUCUCGGGCUAGGGCGUUUUUUUCGGUGCCGAAGCAGACUGGUUUCAGUUUGCGUUUUGGAAGAAGGUUACCAGUGUUUGCUAAUCAAUUCGGUAACUUGCUUGGGUCCACAGGUUCAACUGAUAGAGGUGAGACUAAUUCUAAAAAAGCGAAACGAAAACGUGUUAAUGAUUCGGCAACUGUUCCUGACUCUUUUGUUCCGCCAUCUAAACUGCUUAGAGUGAUUAUUGAUUCUAUUCCUGUUCAUGUUUUUACCGCGUGUGCCACGACGGGCCGGAUUACCUGGGUCAAUGAGAGAGCAGCUUUGUAUUGUGGAGUAAGCGCGGCAGCUCUCGUAGAGAAACAGUUUGCGCAUAUUCAUCCGGAUGAUAUAAAUCUGUUCUUGGGAAAGUGGAAAUCAGUAAUCUCGGAUGGUGAUGUAUUCUAUAAGGAAUUACGUUUACGUCGUUUUGACUCUCAGUAUCGUUACUUUAUUUGCCGUGCUAUUCCUUUGCGAAACUCUAAGGGUGUGGUAAUACAGUACUUUGGGACUAUGAUGGAUGUUCACGAACAGAAAAUGGCCGAGCAAGAAGCAAGGAAACAAUCUGAAGCUGCUGCAAAUAUUAAUGACUAUCGGUCUUUGGCUGAGGCUUCUCCUCAGAUCGUCUUUGCGGUGAAUCCCAUUGAUGGUAUUGUCUAUGCCAAUGCUCAAUGGCUUAGUUUUUCUGGACUUUCGUUUGAGGAAAGCAUGGGUUUGGGUUUCUUAUCGGUAGUACAUCCCGAGGACAGGAUGAAAUGCCUGCUUCCUGGAACCUCAUCAAAAUUUCCUAAUUCGGAUAAGACAUAUGCCAUUGAGGUUCGUUUUCGAUCAACUGUUGGUCAGUAUCGCUGGCAUUUAGUGAAAUGUGUCUGCGUGAAUCAGUUUGCCGACACUUCCAACGUCUUAUGGUUGGGUACUUGCACGGAUAUUCAUGAUCAUAAGUUGCUUGAAGAAAAGCUUCAAGAAGCAAACCGAGAGGCGCAACGAAUGAUGAAUAGCAAAACACGUUUUCUGUCAAACAUGUCUCAUGAAAUUCGGACACCACUUGUUGGCAUCACUGGCAUGGUGAACUUCUUGCUGGACACCAACUUAACUUCCGAACAGCUGGACUAUGCCCAUACUAUUCAGCAGUCUUCUGAAGCUUUGUUGUCCGUCAUCAAUGACAUACUCGAUUUGAGUAAAGUCGAGGCGGGAAUGAUGAAAUUGACACAUGAGGCAUUCUCUGUUCGUUCUAUGAUGGAAGACACAAAUGAAACCCUUAGUACAUUGGCGUUCUCAAAAAACUUGGAAUUGAAUUAUGUUGUAGACCAUGAUGUACCUGAUAUGGUAAUCGGUGACCAGGCUCGUUUGCGACAAGUUGCACUCAAUGUUAUUGGGAAUGCCCUAAAGUUUUCUCAUGAAGGUGAAGUGUUUUGCCAGUGCUCAGUAAAACCAACUCAGGGACUUGCACCAAAUGAGAUUAUGCUUCAAUGGGAGUGUUAUGACACUGGCCCUGGCUUCAGCAAAGAAGAUGAAGAGAAAAUUUUCAAGCCGUUUUCACAAAUUGAUGAUUCGCUUACUCGCAAACAUGGCGGUUCCGGUUUGGGUCUUGUAAUAUCACGCGAACUUAUUGAAUUGCAUGAAGGAACAAUGUCCUGCACUAGUGUCAAAGACCGGGGCAGUGCCUUUUAUUGGUCCGCGAAGUUCAAACUCAACGCAAAGCCUGUCAGUAUUGAACCUCCUGUUGAGUUCGUACAACCGGAAAUCGGCAAGCCAGCUCUCGACUGCACAAAAGCUCUUCGUCGUAACAAGUCACUUGCUCCAGAUGCUUUUGCCAUCGAAGUAACUCAGGAUGAGGCGAGUCCGGAACCUCUAGAGCGUGCUUCAAAUACUUCAAACAAUGUCAGUACUUCGGGAGCAUUAAAGAAGCCUACUGCAUCUUCGUUGCCGAAUAUCACCACUGAUUUACCGAAGAAACUUCAGCCUUCAGUUUUUAACAUUGUUGUCAUUUCGCAUACCCGCUACAGCAGUUUUGCGCUGGCGCAUCACAUUCGAUCAAUUGUUGACUAUGUUCAGAUGAAAGAUUUAAUUACGUUUCAAAGCUUUCAAUCUGCAUAUAACCAAAUAUUCGAACAUCCGUUGCUUUCAACCGUCACACAUUUUGUAAUUAAUUUUACUGACAACGACAGCAUUAUGAACAUAGUUCGUCAUAUUAAGAGCUAUGAAUACUAUUGCAACGCACUCGUCAUCUUGGUUGUUACUAUGAAGCAAAAGAAGGAGCUUUCCGAACACUUCAAGGAAAAGGGUGAAUGGACAAAGCAGCAUAUUAAAUUUGUGACAAAGCUUGCUAAGCCUUCAAAACUUGCUCCGUUUUUCACCGGUGAUGACAUAAAAAAGAGUGCUGUCUUGGACUAUAGAAGGGAAAACGCCAAGCAGUUUGUUGCCGAUCAAAAACAGAUACUCGACGGAAUGCGUGAGAAGUUGCUGAACACGAAUCACAACAUCUUGCUUGCGGAGGACAACAUGAUCAAUUGCAAAGUCCUUACUCGUUAUCUUGAACGGAUUGGACUUAAAGUGCACCUUGCUCAUGACGGUGUGGCCUGCUUAGAACUGUGGAAGAGCAAGCCUGAAGGCUUUUUUUCGCUUAUUCUCAUGGAUUUGCAGAUGCCAAACAUGGACGGGUACCAGGCCUGUGUGGAGAUUCACAAACUUGAGGAGAGCUUGGGUUAUAAGAUGCGUGUUCCCAUCAUUGCGCUUAGUGCUAAUGUGAUGUCUGAUGUCGUUCAAAAUUGCAAGCAGUGUGGUUUUGACUCCUAUAUCUCCAAACCCAUUUCUUUUAAAUUACUUUCUGCUAGAAUAUCUGGUUACGUUCUUGGCUCUAUUCCUUGCUCGCCUCCCUUCGUUGAACAUGACGGUUAG